GGGUUCUUUGAAGCUUCAUCUGAGUUGUUGCCCGGAGCCAGCAGGGCCGGGGCUCGAUCGGUGUCUGGCAGACGGAGCCUUCAGCUGUGGAGGGUACUGUCUCUCUCUACGGUCCUGGCUCAAAAUAAAGACCGGAGGAAGGCGACGGAUCCUCUGCAACAGGACGGGAGAUGGAUAACAGUAAACGGGCUGUGGUCGUUACAGGUUUUGGGCCAUUUGGCGAGCACACGGUCAACGCCAGCUGGGUAGCAGUACAGGAACUGAAGAAGCUCGGACUGGGCGGUGAAGUGGACUUGCAUGUAUCUGAGGUUCCUGUAGAGUACCAGACCGUCCAGAGUUUGGUUCCUUCAUUAUGGAAGAAGUAUCAUCCACUGUUGGUAGUUCAUGUUGGAGUCUCAGGAAUGGCCACCACCGUCACGUUGGAGAAGUGUGGCAAAAAUCACGGAUACAAGGGCCUCGACAACAGCAGCUUCUGUCCUGAUUCGCAGUGUUGCAUUGUGGGAGGCCCGGACUGUAUUAACUCAGUUAUUGACAUGGAAUCAGUCUGUAAGAGAGUGACCGCCUCGGGGCUGGGAGUAGCUGUGUCCGUCUCCAAAGACGCUGGAAGGUAUUUAUGUGAUUUCACCUACUACACGUCUCUGUACAUGAGCCACGGUCGCUCUGCCUUCGUCCAUGUGCCUCCUCUUGGAAAGCCUUACAGCGGGGAGGACCUGGGCCGCGCGCUGCAGGCCAUCAUCCAGGAGAUGCUGGAGCUUCUGGACCAGGCUGAAGAGAAAAUCCACUGCCAGCAGCACUUCCACUAAGUGACCUCCAGACGCCAACCAGCCUCUCCAGCCCUCAACACACAAGAGAAAUUGCACUUAACCACAAGUAGCCAAACUUUCUUUCUUCUUUUUUUGUUGUACUCACUUGGACAAAAUGAAAACUUCAGAGUAUCACGUUUCAAGCGUUUGUUUCUCUUUGUUUAAGGUUUUUGUUUCAUGUUUUUCUAGCCCUGACUCAGUUUUGUUUUAAUGUCUCCCGAUGGUGAGAAGAUAUAAUGGGAGUCUCAAGCCUAACUGUGCUGUUUCACACUUGAUGUUGAAUUGUUUCUUGAGUCCUUUUUCUUUAUAAGAAGUUGUAAUUUUGCCUUCUUUUACAAAGGUUAUUUAAAUCAGGGAACGGGUUGGUUCCAGCUCUGAUUUCCCCCAAUUUUGUUGGCCCAAUUCUGACAAAACAACUCAAAUCCACCCACUGAGAUCUGGCCCCCAGGCUGUGCAAUGUUAUUUUACAGAUCUCAAGUUCAGUCCUUAUUUGUAGCGUUAUUAGAAUUGUUUUAUGGCUGCACAGUUAUUCAAGAAAAUAUUUGGCAUUGUAAUACCAUAGUAAUACCACAGCAAUUUUAAGAUUGAAUGAAACUGUUCCCCCUGAGAGAGCUGUGUUUUGAUGUUUAGUACUACACAGAAUAUGGCAGUACAUAUAUUUUUUCUCUUGUUCAUUUAUAGACGAGUUACUCAUUAAAAAAAAAUCCUAAACUGUGUAGAAUGCCUGCAAUUUAAUCAAUUUUAAACAGUUUCUAUCAUUUAAAGGCCAAACUUGCAAAAAAAACAAGUAUAUAUAGUGCUGUUUUUAAUUCGUCGAUUAAAGCUAAGCUUUUGGUUGUUCCCUUCAUUUAAUCAGAUAUAGCUGCUUAUUUUACCUGAGGAUUUGAUUUGAUGAAGUUGGACUGUAUGUUCUGUCAGAGUUGGGCCUGGAAUUUUAUUUCUGUAGCACUUUCUUUAUUUUGCUUUUAAAUUUUGACUUAAUCUGGAAUAUGGACAACAAUUGUAGCCAUGUGAAUGCUUGCAUUCAAUAUUUUUUAUUUUCAGUCACUUUAUACAGCUUUAUAUAUGUAUCUUUUCAGACAUACACAAACUCAUUUUUAUCUUUUUUGCCCCACAAAAAAUAUAAUGAUGCAUGUGAGGCAUCCUGCUUUAUAGGUGAGUUUUGCUUUAUUUUCCUGACCUCUUAAACAAACAUAUUCAAACAAUGUGUUUGUGAUGGUGCUUCUCCCAUGUGUGAAUGUUCUGUUUUACGGCGUUUUUUAUUGCAUUGUCCUUUGUGGACCAGUGUUUCUGCAGCUGCUGAGUCGUCACAACAGCCCAUGUCAACCAACACAGAUUCAGUCGGUGUAGUUUAAGUUUUAGUGUUGCAUGGCGUGCAUUCUGCUUCAGCAUCUUGUGUUUCCCCAGAAAUAUUAGUUGUCUGUUAAAACUGUCUCAGCUAUUCUUAGGUAACUAACACUGUGGUCUCAUGGCCUUUCACUGGGUUUUUAAUCGAAUGUUUUUCAUCAGUUAAGCAAGUUUCCAGUGAGUUUGAGUAAAUUGGUAUUUCUUUUAGCAGUGCGUGUCAUUUUAAUGGUUUGUACCACAAACCUAGAGCACUGACCUGAACAGAACUGAACGGCUUCUCAGACCUAAAUUUGUAUCUACUGUGAUUCAACUUAAAUCUUGGUUGAGUGGUUUAAAAAUCUCUAACGGACCUGUUGAAAUGUAACACAGGUUAUAAUUAUGAGUUUGCAGGUGCUGAUAUUUUACCGUGUGGCUUUGUGAGUGCUUUGUGAGUGCUGAGAAGUGAAAGGGAUGUGGAGGAGCUGCCCCUAAAAUGUCUACUCACAAAAGUGAAAGCCUCAAGUUUACAUAUGAGGUGACCUCUGACCCUGUGCCUUGAUGUGGUUUAUGUGUGUUAAUGAAAAGGCCUUAAAAUUACUCAAGGGUUCAGUUCAAAGAUAUAUUACUGAUGCGAUCCAGUCAGAUGUGUGGCUACCUCAAAAAUACAUUUUUAUCCUUUUUAUCUCGGUUUGUGCUCUGUUGUACAAUAAUGUUAUGGCUCUGUGAUUUAUUGUGAGUUUUUCUGUUUAGGGAGAAUCCUCUGAAAGGUGUCUUCUUCUGCUUCUGACAUUAACAAAGCUCUGUUACAAUAAGUAACCCUUUCUUUUAAAAGGAAAUGCUU